AAAAGUUUUCUGACCACAUAGAGGUCGACACGUCAUUGUUUCUAGAGAAUGUAAUCUGAAGAGUACAGACUCGCCAAAACCAAAGAAGUGGCACGUCACAAGACUCAACGAACUUAUUACGUUAGAUACGUUCUAUUGCCACGUCAUACGCCAGUUGAUAUUUCACUCACGUUUCUCAAAACACCUCUUUUUGUGCACUUGAUACUUUCACAUUUUCUUCUUUAUUUUUGGAUUUUUCAGAAAUUAAUAAAUAAUUAUAUAUCAAAUCGAAACAGGUUUUCAUUUGGUUAUCAACUUUUAAAAGAAAUUCACGUGUACACACAAGAACAUAUUUACGUGUUAUUAUAUUCAUAAGCUGGUAGAAAUUAAAACUCGAUGUUACCAAAAGUAUACACUAUCUAAUCCAUCCUUAUAUAAACCUUCUGUUGCAUUGUAGCAGAGUGUAAGAAACAAAACAAGACAUAUAAAAAACAUUUAUUUUUUCCUUCAGAACUUCUCUAGUCUUGUCCUAAUGGAGUGGACUAGAGGAAGAAUCCUAGGCCGAGGCUCCACAGCCACCGUCUGCUCCGCCAUGUGUCACAAUUCAAACGAAAUCCUCGCCGUCAAAUCCUCCGAGAUUCACCGGUCAGAGUUCUUGCAAAGAGAAGCCAAGAUCCUCUCGUCUUUGAAUUCUCCUUACGUGAUCGGGUACAGAGGAUCAGAAACCAAGAUAGAGUCAAACGGCGUCGUUACGUAUAAUCUUUUGAUGGAGUACGCACCGUACGGAACGUUGACCGACGCGGCAAAGAAAAACGGAGGCCGACUCGAGGAAGCUAUGAUCGUGAAGUACACGCGCGAGAUACUACGAGGCUUGGAGUAUAUUCACUCGAAAGGGAUCGCGCAUUGCGAUGUAAAGGGGAGCAACGUGGUUGUUGCGGAGAAGGGUGAGGCCAAGCUUGCGGAUUUCGGGUGUGCCAAACGGGUGGGCUCGGAGGCGGUGACGGGUACGCCGGCGUUUAUGGCUCCGGAGGUAGCGCGUGGGGAGAAACAGGGGAGUGAGAGUGAUAUAUGGGCUGUUGGGUGUACGGUGAUUGAGAUGGCUACGGGUUCUCCGCCGUGGACGGAGGCGAGUUCAAGAGAGGAUCCGGUUUCGGUUCUUUACCGGGUCGGGUAUUCGGGUGAGACUCCGGAGCUUCCUUGUUUGCUUACGGAAGAAGCAAAGGAUUUCUUGAAAAUGUGCUUUAAGAGAGAAGCGAAAGAGAGAUGGACGGCUACACAACUCCUAAACCAUCCGUUUCUGAUAGGUAAACCGGACAUUGAACCGGUUUUAGGUUCCGGUUUGGUUUCGAGCUCACCGACAAGUGUGACAGAUCAAACGUUUUGGCGAUCAGUGGAGGAUGAAAUAGUAGAAGAAGAAGCAGUGGACUUGCAAGAUGAGUCAAGAAAUCUAGACCGUUUAAACUUGUGGGCUUUUCAUUUGGAGAGGAUCGGACGGCUGAGAUGUGUUGGUGGGUUGGAUGGGCCCAGAUGGGAUAUGGAAGGUGGGGACUGGGUCACGGUGAGGGUGAGCUGUGAAGGAACAAUGAUUAGUGGGUCACUCACAUGAGUAUUUGGGAGAAUUGUAAGUUGAUUUGGGGUCAUUUUGUUGAAUUGUAGAAAAAGUAUUGGGUGUUGGUCUUAGUGAAGAUCUCCAAUUUAGAGAGAUCAAUGUAGUAGCUUGUUAGUCUUUGAAGCUUCUAUUGAUGUACAUAAUUAAAAUCACGAUUUUUUAAAAACCAAAUCCAAUGUAGAUUUCUGUAGAGUUUCAAGGUUUGUUGGCCUGCACAAGAGAAUUAAUGUUGAACUAUUACAUCGAAAUCUUAUUAUUCCACGUUUUACUACUGUUUCUGUUUGACUACUCAAAUUUAGUCUUGAGAAUAAUAUACUUUAAUUAUAAGCUUUUCCCAAUGUCUCAAAUGUCUACUUUCUCAAUUAUAUAACGAAUAAAUGAACUUGUUAAACAAGCUGGCAUAUUAUUGAGAGUUAUAGGUAUAUGAUGUCAGUAUAUUAGAAAUCACUGCAUGGAUCCAAAACUAAUCACAAUACUAAAAGGCCAAUAUACUCUAUUGUGAGGCUGCCACAUCCUCAGAAAAAAAUCGGCCAAUGAAAUUAGGCUAUGUGCUAUGUAUUACCACGUCAUUCUACUAAUAUUCAUCCAAAAGUAUUGCUUUAUUGUCUAAUAAAUUUUAGAUCGUUUUUCUUCUCAUCUUCCCUAACUAAUAAUAUUGUCUCGAUUCAUAUACUUCUGUUUCCCAUCUCUCUUUGUUUUUCAACUUUGCUUUACUCCCUGAGAAUCCCAACCAGCUCCCCGCCACCUUCCCCUACGAUCCCUUCACUGUCACCCAAAAAAUGAGAGAUAAUGAUCGCGACGUCUACGGUGAAGUUCGCGCGUGAGCUGGAUCCAAAUGAUGUUCAACAUCUUAAAUCAGAUAUGACACGAUCGCGUGUAGGAUUGGAGAUCCAGAUUGGAACAAAGGUGAAAAUUAUAAAUGGUGAAGAUGAAGAGUCAAAGAGUAGAGAUCAAAGUGAUAUGCCAAGGAUUCGUUCAACGUUUGGUAAUGGAGUUUUAAUGGAAUCAGGAUUUGUAAUUUCAUAAUUAAAUUUGUUUUUGUUCCGUCUGGAUUUGUAUUACAUUUGGAAUAAUCCCAAAUAAGAUUUCUUUCUCAGUUUUAGUUGAAAUUUGCAGAGGAGAGCCA